AUUUGAACAUAAGUAUGUCUAAUUUGUGUACGAAUACAUGUAAUAGUUGUAACCAAAAACCAGAUUACUAUCGACGAAUGAAGUACAUAUAAGAAAGUCGAAAAUAACCGAAAAUCGACCUCAGGAAUCAUUUUAAAACUUUGACACGUCCGGUUUUUUUUAAAUUUAAAGUAAACAGCAUUUGGAAUUUCUUGAUUAUAUGAUAACGUCGAGCUGAAUCAAUUCGGACAAAUAUUUCAUUUUUUUCAUGAAAAUAACAAGAAUGUUCCUAGAAAUGACUAGAAUAAUAUUAGUGAUUCAAAGCAUGGAUAUCAUUUUAAGAGUAGUCAGUUUUGAUACCGUCCACAAAUUCAUAACAUUCAAUACUGCACUUAUUCAGCAAUUACCAUUUAUUGACCAGCGCAGAGAUGUCCUUUCGAAACAACUUUCCAAGAUAGAUGCUGAUGUUGUCUGUUUGCAAGAGGUAUUGUAUUUUAAACAUGUUUUAUUUAACAAUUACAGACAGUCUGAGAUUAAAUUGUUUUUACAUGAUAAAUUUGUUUUGCUUGGGAGUGACGUAGAAAAGAUUGUGAAUGAAUUAAAGACUGUAUACCCACACUCUUAUAGUAAACUACACGGGCAGGAUGGACAGAUUGAUAAAUAUACUAUUGUACAACCACCAUGCUAUGGACUGCCGAGUUAUGUUAGAAUAGUAUGCAUUGUUAUAAGAUGCAAUAUAAGAGGUCAAUUAGAGGAUAUAGUUAACUGUGCAGACCAGAAAUGCAAUGUCUUUCCAACUUUAAGCCAGGAAUGUAUAUCUUGCCUAGGUCAUGCAUUUCCAAGUUUCGGGAGAAUAUUUAGAGGGUGUUUCCGGUUUUCUACAACUUUUUUCAAUCCUCAAGGUCUUAUUUUGCUGAGUAAGAAACCAAUGCGAAACACAAUACAUCAACCUUUCCUACCAAAUAAAAAACAAAUAUUUUCGAGAUCGCUGAUUUCUGCCGAUAUUGAUUCCAUUGGCUCAGUUAUAUGUACACAUCUGACACAUGAUCAAUCUACACCUUAUUUUGAACCGAUAACCAAAGGUACAUUUUCUAGUUGGGCUGAAGAAAACGCAUCUGAAGUACAAUAUAUCAUAGACUUUAACAAAAGUAAAGCAAGAUUCAUAGUUAUGGGGGACCUGAACAAUGGACCAGCUAUUCCUAAUAAAAACAUAGCAGCCCACUUUGAAGGAUCGUACAACAAAUUAAUAGGAUCUGGUAUGCAAUCGCCAUAUGUGGAGAUAACAGGAAAACCAUCGUUUGCUGGUACCAGUGCUAUCAUUGAUCAUGUCAUGCACAAAGGAUAUACAGCAAUUAAUUCAAGGAGAAUAUUUGAUGAUGACAAACUCGUGAAUGGAGGCCCAUUGUCGGAUCAUUAUGGUGUUGAAGUAUGGUUGAAAUGAAAUACGACACUACGUAAACAGCUGAUAUAAUAAAAAUAUCCACCAACAAUGACACACAUAACUUUUUUUUCAAAAUCUGUUGUUAUAAACAUCGC